GUGGAUGAGGAUGAGGAUGGGGAUGGGGAUGGGGAUGAGGAUGGGGGCCGGGGCCGAGCGGAGCCGGAGCAGGGCCCGAUGACGGGGGCCGGGGCCGGGGGCGGUGCCGGUGGGUGGCUCCGGUCCCGGUCCCGGCCGGUAACUCCGCCUGCCGUAUUUAUGGGAAAACAAGCGGCGGCGGAGCCGGGCGGCCGCGGCGGAGCGUCGUGCCGUGCCGUUCCGUUCCGUUCCGUGCCGUGCCCUACCGGACCGGGCCGUGCUGGAUCGGGCGGAGCCGGGCCGGGCCAUGGCCACCGCGGAGGCGGCAGCCCGAGCCUAGUGCGCCGGCGGUGGCGGGGAUGCGGCGGGGGGGCCGCCGGGGCGGCGGACGCGGAGCAGAGCUGGGAUGGAGCUGCUGCAGAGCCCUCGGCCAGGUCACCCCACACGCCCCCUCCCUGCUGCCGCCAGACCAGGGCCGGCUUCCUUCCUCUGAGGCCAUCUGAAGAGGAGCUGGCAGGAGAAUAGUCGCUUUUAAGAUGACACGAACAGACCCACCUGACAUCCUCGUGUCUACAGUGUACCAAGACAUAAAGGUGGCCACUGCAGCCUCCAGGGAUUCCAUUGUCUGCCAGCCCCUGGCACGAUGUGAUGCCUCCAUGUCCUCGUCCCUGCCCCGCGAGCCGCAGCCCUUCAACAAGCGCCACUGCAGGAGCUUCGACUUCGACGAGUCGCUGGAGGAGCAGCUGGGCACCCCCGCGGCCAUGGAGCACCCCUGCCCGCGCCCCGGCACCCCCGAGCCCACACCAGGGCCGCCGGGCAGGCGGGUGCCCCCGAAGCCGGACCCUUAUGCCUGCAGAGCCCCGGCGCCGAGAAGCGAGCCGAAGCGCCGCGCCCGCUCCAAGAGCGCGCCGCGGGUCAAGACCACCUUCACCCCGGUGCCCAUCGCGGUCUCGGCAUCGCCGCCGCCGGCCCGGCGCGGGCGCGAGGUGCUGCGGGUGGCGCGGGAGCCCUCCCGGCCCGAGCCCUCGCCGCGCCGCGAGAGCCAAGCUCCGCUGCGGGCCAUGGCCAACGAGGUGCACCCCAUCAAGCUGCAGCCGCAGCGCAGCAGCGUCAGCCGCAUCUCCCCGCUCUGCCUGGGCAGCAACUGCUUCGAGGAGGGGCCGGGCGGCAAGGCGGGCGCCAGCCCCCACGUCAAGUGCAGGGUGGACAUCAAGCCAGACGAGGCGGUGCUGGUGCACGCAGCGCGCAGCCUGCGGGCAGCGCAGGGCCGGCAGGAGCCGCCGCGCUGGCCCCGCGCUCCCGCCCGCAGCCUGGCGGUGCCGGGCAGCCGGCAGGCAUCCGCGUCCCGCACUCCCACCCCCAGCGACUCCUACAGCGGGGACCCCCCGUUCCUGCCCUAUCCCGGAGAGUACUACGAGGCAGACCCCCGGGCGCUGGCGUACCAGACGGUGCCGGUGCCCGCCUCGCGGGAGUUCAGGGAAUACCCCGACAGGGGCUGCAUGACCUUCUCGGCUCCCGGCGUCCCCGCCAAGUUCUUCUAUGCGGAGGAGCCGGCGCGAUGCCCCAGCCCCGCCAUGCCCCUGCGCAGCUCGGGCUACGCCAGCUACCCCUACCCCGGCCGCCACGCUGUCCCCCAACACUUCUACGCCGAGGACCCGGCCAAAGCCGCCGUCCACACGGUGCCACCCCGGACGUUGUACGUGGAGGAGCCGCGGGGCUACCCGGUGCAGGAGGCGCCCGCCCGCGCCUUCUAUGGGGAUGAGCCCCGCUUUUACCCCCCCCCGUGGCACCCCAAUCAAAACCCUCUAUGCCGAGGACGCCAGGACGUACCCAGCACUCGGCUCCUCGGCUCGGGUCUUCUAUGCCGAGGACUACGGGAAGUACCGGGAGCGGGAGGUGAUGUCGCGGACGUGCCCCCCGCCCCGCAGCGCCCAGCCCUUGCACUUCGGCGACUGGUACGGCCCCAAGCGGGGCUCGCUGCCCUACCAGACCCUGCAAGUGUCGCGUUUCACCCCGCAGCCAGCCGGGCAUGAGGCCAUGGUCUCCUCCUGGCACGCCAGCUACGGAGUAACCCCCCCACGGCUGGGCCGGGAGACCCAGCACUACUCCAAGUCCUGGGAUAACAUCCUGGCGCC